CACAAAAAAGCUUCAUCUUUUGUUUAUCACAUUCCCUCUUGUUUCUCUAAGCUGGUAUUUUUUAAGUUAUUGCUGCGUGUUUUCUUUUUUUAUACACUCCUUAACAAAGCAUAUAAUUAGAUCACUGGCCACAAUAAAACAGCUCAUCAUUAGUACAAAGCAAUACGCAUCAACGUAUUUGGCAAGCAUUUACAAAAAAAAUCUGAAGGCAAGUAUUCCUUCUGCUUCUCUAACUGCAAAUAUCCCCUGCUUUUCUCUGUUCUCUCAGUUAACAACCUUGUCUUCUUCCUUUCUGGGGUAAACACAAAUCUUACCUACUUCUGCUAACUCAGUCUUUUGGGUCACAGACCAGAUGUCAGCCCCCUUCACAUCAGCUCCUGCAGGAGACUGAGGGGAGCAGUGGCACCGUGGAAACACUGCUCUCUUCUGCACUGCAUCAGCUGUUUUGGGUCACUGCAGCAGCCCUGGUUGUGGUUCUGGUCACUGUGGGCUGGUCAGGAGACAGAAGCGUUGGCUCUGCCAGCGGCAGGGAGCAGCAAACAUUGUGACUAGCAACUACUGCAGCAAUACGAUGGAUGCUUCCAACUAGCUUGUUUUACCACAGUCUACAAGAAUUAAAGAUGCCAUUUGUUCCAGCAGACAUUUUGCAGGCACACACAGCAUGAGAAUUCAUUGAUUCUAGAGGCACUUCACUCACAGCAUCCCUCCAACAAGGAAUUCUAAAUUAAUGACUACAUCUGGGAACAUAUUGAAAAGCUGCGCACUUAAAACUUGUAAACCAAUUGGAUUUGAGCGCAGCUAAGAAUUCUGGCAGUAUUUUGAUGUGUGUUUCUCUCAGGGCGUAGAGAAUGUAGGAACUUAUUCUCCAUCAGGAUACAGCUUCAAGGAUGUAUUACAGGCUCUGGAUUCCCACAUACUCUGCUGUUUUCCAAGCAAGAUGUAAAACGCCAUCAAGACUGAGAACAUUUUUUGUCACUGUAAUUACACAGUUUUGGGGAAGUCAGAGGUCACAGAAAAGCUUCAGCUUUUGUUCCUUACAUUCCCUCUUAACUCUUGUUUCUCUAACUGUUUCUCUAACCUUAAAUUUUACUGUGAAAUGCAAACACCACAAAGAGAGAAAACCACCUCCUGAAAAAAAUCUUGAAAUUUGUCUCAUUUAGAAGCACUGGGCUUUGCUGAAUUUUCCUUAACAUCAUACACAGAUUCAAUAGGAGUGUAUCUGUCAGGUCCUAUUUUCAGACCUUAACUGAGAUACACUCCCAAUUCCUGUAGUAGCUGGAAUAGUUGCUAAUGGAAUAUCAAGCCUGCAUGGCAUAUUUAACCAUAUAAUUUCUUUUUCUCUUGUAGGCAGAAGACGACAUCAGAGAGGCUAUUCAUGUCUACAGUACUGCUGCUGGUGCCCAUGCAGCUGACAAGGCUGAUGGCCCCUGGGCUGUCCCAGCCCUGGUGUGGCAGCAGGAGCAGGGCAGUGCUGGCCCUGUGCUGGCCCUGCUGAGGCCACAGCUCGAGUGCUGUGUCACCUCUGGGCCCCUCACACAGGGAAUGGAAGGGCUGGAGCGUGGCCAGAAAAAGGAAUGGAGCUGGGGAACAGUCUCAAACACCAGAGGCUGAAGGAGCUGGUCACAGGCUGGACUCCAUAACCUCAAAGGCCUUUCCCACCGUAGUUCACUCUGUGAACACAAGUCACUUCAACCUAGAUGUACUUCAAAUCUCUACAAAUAGAGAUCUACACAGGAUGCCCGAUUGCGUCUUAAGGCUGUCGUUUUAAGGCUGAAGUGUAAGUGCACUACGUAAUGCAGACCGACACCCUGCCCAGCCGCUCCCUCACGCCGCCAACGUGGCGCUGCCGCGAUCCCGCCCGCGCCGCCGUUAUUAUAUGCGCGCGGAGCGAACCAAGCUGAGGGCGCAUGACGGGGGUGCGACCCCCCCGCAAGGGGCCGUUGGACCCGGCCGUGAGAGACGUGGCAUGGCGCGGCGGCGGCGGCGCGGAGGAUGCUGGGAGUUGAAGUCCGACGCUGUGCCGGCCGCGGCCUCCUUUCGUGUAUCCGUGGGACGGGAAAGGCCGGGAAGCGACAACACGGGACGGAAGGGUCAGUCUCGCUUUUUGUAGCUGAAGGAAGAUGAUGGAAGAGAGUGGGAUAGAGACGACUCCGCCUGGCACACCCCCUCCGAGCACAGCAGGGGAGGCUGCUGCUGCUGCUGCUACGCCUGUCACUUUAGCUUUCUCCAGCCCCCUUGCCACACCAAGCAUGCCAUCUUCUCCUGCCUACUCACCACCCUUGCCAGCUGGAGUGUCCCCAGUUCCUCCUCCCAUGAUGACUUCGGCCUCUCUCCCACUUGUGCCUUCUGCAACCAUUUCUGCAAUUGGACCACCCCAAAGCCCUGUCCCACCUCCUGCUGCCCCUGCAGCUUUCAGCACCCCCGUGUCCCAGUUCUCUGCUCCUCCUCUGAGCUCUGCUGCUGGCCCUGGUCUUCCUGCACCUCCCACUGGUCCCCCCACUUCAGGGUUUUCCAUGUCUUCCACCUAUGAUAUCACCAGAGGUCACGCUGGCCGAGCACCUCAGAGCCCACUGAUGCCUUCAUUCUCUGCACCUCCAGUCACAGGUGUUUUGGCAGAUCCCAUUACUCAACAGGCAACUUUCUCUUCAUCUUUAUCUCCUGGGGCUGGUUCUGCAAUCACUUUUCCUGAGGAGCAUGAAGAUCCCAGAGUAUCUACUGCCCAGAGUGGAGCACCUGCUGGAGGACUCUGGGGGUUUAUAAAGGGUGUAGCUGAGAAUCCCAUGGUGAAGUCUGUUCUUGAUAAAACCAAGCAUUCAGUGGAGACCAUGAUCACAACGCUGGAUCCUGGCAUGGUUCCAUAUAUCAGAACUGGGGGAGAGCUGGACAUAGUGGUCACUUCUAAUAAAGAGGUGAAAGUUGCAGCAAUUCGGGAUGCUUUUCAAGAAGUCUUUGGGAUGGCUGUUGUGACUGGAGAGGAUGCACAGUCCAAUAUUGCACCACAGCCUGUGGGCUAUGCUGCAGGCUUAAAGGGAGCCCAGGAGAGGAUAGACAGCCUGCGCCGGACAGGAGUCAUCCACGAGAAGCAGCCUGCUGUGUCAGUGGAAAACUUCAUUGAGGAGCUGCUGCCUGACAAGUGGUUUGACAUUGGAUGUCUGAUUAUUGAGGAUCCAAUUCAUGGAAUUCACCUGGAAGCAUUCACCCAAGCAACACCAGUGCCUUUGCAAUAUGUUCAGCAGGCCAAGAGUCUCACCCCUCAGGACUACAGCCUGAGGUGGUCAGGGCUGCUGGUGACGGUGGGCGAGGUGCUGGAGAAAAGCGUGCUGAACGUGAGCAGGACGGACUGGCACGCGGUGUUCACGGGCAUGUCCCGCCGGCAGAUGAUCUACAGCGCGGCCAAGGCCCUGGCAGGGAUGUACAAACAGCAGCUGCCACCCAGGACCGUGUGACAGCAGGGACAUCCUCAUGCCAGGAAUGCUGGGUUUGGUUUUAGGAUCGAAGUGAAAGCCCUGCGUUCCCAUCCUCGGCAACGCGGAUUUGUGAUUUUAACUCUAAGCCGUCUCUGUUUCUUGAGAAGUGAAGGUGAUUUCCAGGAGUGGAAGUGAGCAAUUGCAGUUUUUAGCUAAUGUGUGAUUUCCAGUACGAUUCAUAAAACAAACAUGUAUUUAUGACUGCUACAGGCAGCAUUGCAGUUUUUUAACUGGAAUGUGCUGUGGUGUGACACCUUACCAGCCAUUUGCUGAGACAGUUAGUUAGUAUUCUUUCUAAAGGGGAUAUUUGUUUAGCUAUUUCUAUUAUAUUAGUAAUAUAAACAUGUUGACAGCAUAACAUGUAUGUUAUAUAUGGAUUUCAAUCCAGAGAGACUACCUUCUGUAUUACAUGUGGUUUUUGGGGCAUGUGUUUAGGGGAUACUUACCACCUCCUUGGGUUGGUGUCUGUAUGUAGUUCUCAGGAGUGAUGCCAAGUAGUCUCUACAGCACCUAAGAUUGAGCUGCUGAAGAAGAGCACAAAUCCAUGCCCUGUUAGUUGAAGUCGUUGCUAAAUAAUUCUGAAUUCUCAUUUUCUAUGCUGCAUCUUUCUGCUUUUUAUGUAACAGUAAUUGAAUUCGUGGCCAGCUGAAGAACCACAGACAAAAUUGCAAGUUGCUUCAGUGGGUUUUAGAUCAGGUAGUGCACUCCCCACAUGAAAUCAUCUCAGCAGUUUCAGUAACAUGAUUUACUCCAGUGCUUCCAGACGUCAUCUGUUAUAUGUAAUUAUGUAAUUUUUUUCUAUGUAUUUACAGUUGUCAGUAAUUUGAUUAUGGAAAACGGUCAUGUGUGUAUCAUUUGCUUUGCUAUUCUGGGUUUUCUAAACACUUUUAAGUCUAAAAGCUUUCUUGAUGUCAUGAGUUCACUGUUUCUCAUAUACGUUUUCAGUGGUGCCUGAUUUUUUUUUGUGGCUAUAAAUAUCUUCCAUGUAUGCUCACACAAUCUUAAAUCGUUACUUAGAAAUAUGGAAGUAAUUGUGAAGAAAAUAUUUUGGUAAUAAUACUUUUUUAAGAAACAAUAAACAAAUACUUUUUGUUUGCCUUAAAGAAGCAGUUUUUCAGCUUGUAUUGCUCAGCCUUUACCUUUCUUAGAUGCUUUCAAAGAACAUUUUAUAUACAAUAUACUGUUAAGCCAGCUCAUAUUUGUACCCAGUGAAAGCUUGUCUAUUUCCAAGUAAUAUAUUUGGCCUUAAUUGGCUUACUCUGUAAAGCAGUUGAAUAAAUGUUUUCCCUACAGAAUUGCA